GGCGCUGGCAGGGCUGGCCGCCGCCGCCUUGGGGCACGUGCAGCAGGCGGAGAUGGUGCCCAAGAGCUCGGGGACGCGGAGCCCUUCGCCUGGGAGGCCGGAGGAGGAGGACGAGCUCUCCCGCCGCUGCAGUUGCUUCAUGGCUGCACCGGUGACCGAUCUGCGCGAGCUGCGGAGGAGGCCGGGCGACAUGAAGACUAAGAUGGAGCUGCUGAUCCUCGAGACUCAGGCCCAGGUGUGCCAGGCGCUGGCACAGGUAGACGGGGGCGCCAACUUCUCAGUGGACCGGUGGGAGAGGAAGGAAGGAGGUGGCGGUAUCAGCUGUGUUCUUCAAGAUGGGCGUGUUUUUGAAAAGGCUGGGGUGAGCAUUUCUGUUGUUCAUGGAAAUCUUUCUGAGGAAGCAGCAAAACAAAUGAGAAGCAGAGGAAAAAAUCUGAAGACUAAAGAUGGUAAAUUGCCGUUUUCUGCUAUGGGUGUGAGCUCUGUUAUCCACCCUAAGAACCCUCACGCUCCUACUAUCCACUUCAACUAUAGAUACUUUGAAGUAGAAGAAGCUGAUGGUAACAAGCAGUGGUGGUUUGGUGGUGGGUGUGAUCUCACUCCAACAUACUUGAAUCAAGAGGAUGCUGUCCAUUUUCACAGAACUCUAAAGGAGGCUUGUGACAAGCACGGACCUCAUCUCUACCCCCGAUUUAAAAAAUGGUGUGAUGACUACUUUUUUAUAGUCCAUCGCGGAGAGCGGAGGGGCAUCGGCGGUAUCUUUUUUGAUGAUCUUGACUCCCCAUCCAAGGAGGAGGUGUUUCGCUUUGUGCAGAGCUGUGCCCAAGCCUUAGUUCCUUCCUAUAUCCCGCUUGUGAAGAAGCACUGUGACGACUCAUUCACCCCCCAGGAGAAGCUGUGGCAGCAGCUCAGGAGAGGGCGGUAUGUUGAAUUUAAUCUGCUGUAUGAUCGGGGCACAAAGUUUGGCCUCUUCACUCCUGGGUCCAGGAUCGAAAGCAUCUUGAUGUCUUUACCUCUGACUGCCCGAUGGGAGUACAUGCAUUCACCCUCGGAGAAUUCCAAAGAGGCUGAGAUUCUGGAAGUUCUGCGCCAUCCGAGGGACUGGGUGCACUGAUGCAGGCAGAGUGGCUGUGCCCCACUUCUACUGGCCGGCACUGUUGCCACCAUGUGGCGGUUUGUUACCUGUGCCUUAGUGCCCCUGGAUUCUCCACUUUGGGCCCUGGUAAAGUAUUUUGGAUACUUUCCGUGAUGGAUAGUGAGAUGGAGACUGUCAGAGUCAAGUGAUAGAAAUUCACUUAUAAACUUUUAGAUUCACUUUAUAUGACUAGUUUACAAAUUAUGCCAUUGAGUUUCCAAGUAUUGAUAAGGGAAUAUCAAUAUUAUAUGUACCAGUGGGACCAGUAGUUAGCAUAAUGGCUAUGUUG